AUGGCGUCACCAGGGCCGAGUGUGGCAACGUCGUCGACGGCGUCGACGGCAACAACGGCAGCGGGCGCGGCGCCAGUUCGGUACAAUGACGAUGGCAUGGCGGUGUACGUUGCUAACGGCGAGGAGACGACAACGGCACCCGGCGGAGGCGAAGAGGCUGGCGAGCGGGCGACCAAGCGGGCCAAGCUCAACUCGGGGAGCUCGAGCAAGGCGGUGGCGCGGAGCAGCGGGCGCACGCGCCGGUCGUCCAAGAAGGCCGAGAGCGCGGCGUUGCAGAAAAAGCGGAGCAGCGGAAAGGGCAAGAAGCAGGUCUCGGCCAAGGGUAAGCGCAGAGGAAAGGAGGAGGUCUCGGACGAUGGCGGUGGGAGCGGAAGCGGGAGCGAGCCGGCGCCGAUGGACGUGGUGGGAGGCAGCACACGGCGGCGCCGUGGAUCGGGCCUUGUGGCGCCCAAGCUUCCGCCACCGUCGGGCUCUGUCGUGCUCACUUCGUCGAUGCGGCGCAUGGUGCCGUCGAUCAACGAGCCGCCGCUGAUGCCGAGCCGCAAGACGGCGCUCAAGUGGGAGACCUCUGUCCCGCUUGUCGACCGCAUCAACUUUGACGAACUCGAAGUGGAGACGAUUGCCGGCAAGACCGGACGGCACGGGAAGCGAAACGGGCCUGCGCCCGAGGCUGAGUUCUUUCGGUGCUACGGCAUGGUGGAGAACGCGGCGCGGACGCACUUGUUUGUGUGCGACAACGGCAACGGCCUUGUCCGGGUUCUACACGAUGGCGAGGUCUCGACCUUUGCCGGAGCCGACAAGUCGUCGGGCGUGGUAGAGCUCGAGACGCCGCGAAACGGCGAGACGACGCCGCAGCCGCUGGCGGUGCGGUUCAAUGGGCCGACAGGCCUGUGCAUCGACGAGAACGACACCAUGUACCUUGUCGAGUGCUACGGCAACCGAGUCCGGUCUGUGGCAGCCGACGGGACGGUCAAGGUUGUUGCUGGGCCGACAGCGGACGACAAGGGGUACAAGAACGGGCGCGGCAGCGUGGCGCGGUUCAACGGGCCGCGCGGCAUCUGCCUCGCAUCGGACGGGCAUCUGUACAUUGCCGACUGUGACAACCAUUGCAUCCGCAAGGUGGAGAUUGCGACUGGCAAGGUCUCCACUUUUGCCGGCAAGGGCCGGCAGUCGGGCUAUCGCGAUGGCGCGGCGACGCAUGCUCGGUUCUCGUGGCCGGCGCAGGUCAUCCACGCCCGCGAGCCCGGGACCGGCGAGUCGGUCCUCUACGUUUCGGACAACCACAACCGGUGCGUCCGGCGCAUUUCGCUGGCGACCGCACGGGUGACGACUAUUGCGGGCUCGCAGUCGCAGCAAGUGCGCGAUGGCGAGGGCACGAACGCGUCGUUCGAGUCGCCUUGGGGCAUGCUUGUCGACGCGCAUGGCGACCUGUACGUCAUGGAGCACAACGUCAACUGCAUCCGCAAGGUCAUGCUCUCCGAGUCGCUCAAGAACCCAAAGGUGGUGACCAUUUCAGGCUCGCCGCUCAACAAGCUCGUGACGCUCGACGGGCGUGGCAAGACCGUGUCGUACAAGCACCCGAUCUGCAUGCUCGACGACGGCCGCGGCAACAUGUACAUCUCCGAGUACGCCGGGCACUGCAUCCGGGUCAUGAAGGGCGUGCUGCCGGUGGUGGGCGUCGAGCCGCCGCCGCCGUCGCGGCUUCUCGACGACCUCGCGUCGCUCGAGCUCGAUGAGGCGACUCACGACGUGGCCUUUUGCGUCUCGGUCCCGCACCACACCGAGAUCUCAGCCCAUCGCUCGGUUCUCAUGGCGCGGUGCAAGUACUUUAAGGCCAUGUUCUCUAACGAGUUCUCCGAGGCGCAGGCGUCGCAGGACGCGGCGCGGGCGGCGGUGGCCAAGCGGGCGGCGGCGGCCGACCGCGACGCGGCGGCGGGCGGCACAAGUGCGGGCGGAAGCCUCCCGCGCGCCGUCAUUAACUUCCCCGAGGCCACGGCGUCGGCGCUGUACUCGGUCAUCCACUACCUCUACACCGACGUGCUCGACGUGCACGAGGACGACGUGCUCGACACCAUGAAGCUUGGCGAGUUCCUCCUCCUUGAGCGAGUCGUCGCCCUCUGCCGCGUCUACCUCACCGACGCGCUCUCGGUCAAGACCGCCAUCCCCUGGCUCAUCUGGCAUUCCGAGUACGCCAUGUCCGACUCGGUCGACGACGGCGACAACCGGUUCAUCUUCCCGCGCGCGAGGCGGACAGCCUUUGAGUUUGUUGUCCUCAACAUGAUCAAGCGCGACGAGGCCGCCACAGGCACCUUUGCCGCUCUCCAGGCCUACCCCAAGCUCCUUGCCGAGCUCCUCACCUCGGCCUUUGCUGAAGACCUCGAGGAGGCGGCCAACAAGCCGCGGACGGUCAUUGCGUCGUUUGGGACAACGGCCGGCGCACUCGCGGCGCUCAUCUCGUUCUUGCAGUCUGGCGAGCUGCCGCUCGACACCGACACCGCGUGUGAGGUGCUUGGCCUUGCCAACCGGUUCUCCAUCUCCUCGGCCAUCGACAGAGCGUCGCGGUACAUGAUCGACACGCUCACACCGGCCACCGCCAUCGAGCGCCUCACCUGGGUCUCCCAGCAGCUGCAGUCGCCCAAGCCGCGCUCCCGCAAGCCAGCGUACAUGUUCCCGAACCUCCGCAAGACCUGUCUCGACUUUGUCGCCAAGAACUUUACCGAGAUCUCGGUCAAGUACUUUGCCCAGGUCCAGGAGUUUGUCCAAGGCCAUGCCUCGCUCAUGGUCGAGGUUCUCGACCGCCAGCGCAAGUCGGCCACGCCCGUCAAGUCCAAGUCCAAGUCGUCCAAGUCCAAUGCGUAG